GCUUCCGUAGGUAGCCGUAUAUUAAUGACAGAAAGCACCAUGGCUGCCUCCAGUGGACAUACAGAGUAGCUAUCGAAUCUGAAAACAUACAUCGAAAUUACUUCACGCAAAGACCACCGCUACUAUGGGACCAACAGUCCAUCCAAUUUUCGAGAGACGAACAUCCACCUGGCAGUAUAUUGUGGCAUGCCCGGAAACGAGCGAAGCAGUCAUUAUCGACCCGGUACUGGACUAUAGCCAGGAGCAGCUAACGAUUAAUACGGCCUCCGCCGAUAGCCUGCUAGAUGUGGUCAAUUCACACAACUACAAAAUAGUCCGCCUCCUCGAGACCCACGCCCAUGCCGAUCACCUCACUGCAGCCUCCUACCUCCAAUCACGACUACAGGUGCAAGGUACCAAAGUUCCUGUCUGCAUAGGACGAAGGAUUCGCCAGGUCCAAGACACCUUCGCUAAGCGCUAUGCUGUCCCCACUGAUGAGCUAGAAAAUGCGUUUGACCAUCUACUGGAGGACGAUGAGACCUUCCCGAUUGGAAACCUCACAGCGAAGGUCCUAUACUUGCCCGGCCAUACCCCUGAUCAUGUGGGCUAUCUCAUUGGUAGCAAUGUCUUCGCAGGCGACUCUAUAUUCAACCCAGACGUUGGUAGUGCUCGCUGUGACUUUCCAAAUGGAGAUGCUGAGGCUCUAUAUCAAUCCAUGCAAAAGCUGCUCGAGCUUCCAGAGGAGUUCAAAUUGUACACCGGACAUGACUACCCACCAUCUACAUGCGAAACGAAACGAGAGCCCAUGCCUUUUGCGACGGUGAAGGAGCAACGAGAAAGAAACAAACACGUGGCAGGAGGUCGUGAGGAGUUCGUUACAUGGAGGAAGACCAGGGAUUCGGGGCUAAAUGAGCCAAGACUACUUCACCAGGCUUUACAGAUCAAUAUUCGCGGAGGAAAGUUGCCUCGGAGCCCCGAUGGUAGCCGGAGGAUUUUUCUGCAGGUUCCUGUUACAUUGGCGGAGAGUUUGGCUUGAUUAAUUUAAUAUGUCACCUUGUUACCAUAUAUGGAAUUUCGGGCUUUUCUGGUUCAGAUGUAGGGUGUGGUUACAUCUGUGUACAAAUUGACAUCUAAUAUGCGGGGAAGGCGUUAAUAUUAUUGUGAGCUGAAGGAGGUAACCAACCUGAGAGACACCGAUCGAGAUUGAAUGAGGAAAAUCAGAAUAAUUAUUGACGAUUGGACAAGUUAAAAUGCCACAGUAUUA